AAAUACCAGUCCAAACAUUUAAUUUUUGUGGCUGCUGUGUAUGAACCUCAUGAUAAAUUCUGGGAUUAGAAUCGGACCAAUAUCGGCAGUUAUGACGAUUUACUACGCCAUUUAAGAAAAAGGAACAUUCGUCGGAAAAGCAAGUGUAGUAUGCCUUCCAGACUUCUCGCGAACAACGGCUAUGUCCACAUUCACACUGAAUCUCACUUCUGUUCUCGUCUUUAUACGGUAUGGACGACAGUGCAGCGGCUUUGAUGGUAUCUGCGUUGGCGUACUAUAACCUUGUAAAUAUAACCAUUAGGAAUAGAAUUAAUAAGAAAAGGCCCAGACGUUGGUGGAUGACGCAAAUUCAUCUAAGCAGAACAAGCUCAAGCAUGCAAAGUCAGUUGGGAGAACUUUUCGCUGAACCAAGUGGAGAAUUUAAGAAGUUCACGCGAAUGUCAACUACGGACUUUGAAUUUUUGCUCAACAAGAUUUCUCCUCUAAUUAGCAAACAAGAUACACAACUUCGAAAAGCCGUACCAACCCGAAUGCGUCUUGCUAUAACAUUGAGAUACUUGGCCACGGGAGAUAGCUUUCAAAGCCUUCAUUUUUUAUUCAAAGUGUCACCGCAAUUGAUUUCAACAAUUGUUCCCGAAGUAUGUAAAGCACUGAAUCAAGUAUUGAGAAAAGAAAUACAGAUUGCAUCAUCUGCUGAAGAAUGGCUGGAAAUCGAAAAAGGAUUCAGCUCAAAAUUUCCUAGAGCCAUUGGUGCAAUAGAUGGCAAACAUAUUGUUCUGACGUGUCCACAAAAUUCAGGCUCGGAGUACUUCAACUACAAGAAAAGUUUCAGUAUUGUGCUCAUGGCAUUAGUCGCUGGCAAAUAUAACUUUAUUUUUGCUGAUAUUGGUGGUCAGGGAAAAAUGAGUGAUGGUGGAAUUUUCCGACAUACUUUGUUGAUUUCUAGGAACACUUUGAAUUGACCAGCGUCACAUCCACUACCAGGUUCAAAUGUUGAUAUACCUUACGUAUUUUUGAGUGACGGUGCAUUUGCACUGCACCCGAAUAUCAUGAAACCUUAUCCUGGUAACCAUGACAGGGAUAGCUCUGAACGCAUGUUUAAUAAAAAACUAUCUGGAUCAUGCGUAGUCGUAGAGAAUACAUUUGGAAUAUUGUCCUCAAAGUUUCGAAUAUUUAAAAGGCCAAUUGAGCUCUGCCCCGAGAAAGCUUCUGUUAUCACCAUGACUUGUAUAUUAUUACAUAAUUAUUUAAUAAAAAGCAAUACUUCAUCACAAAUGUGUUCCCCACAAGGCACUGUUGAUGUUUACGAUGAUAACGACACUCUUAUUCAGAAUGGGACAUGGCGUAUAGAUAAUUCAAGCACUAAUGCUAUUCAAAAUAUACCACCAAUAGCACGCCGAGCAGCUGCCAAUGCAAGGCAAGUACGACAUAAGUUCAAAAAUUAUUUUUCCAAUGUAUAUUGAGAAAAAGCUAUAAUUUUUCAAUUUACAUAUUUUUACUGUACAAUAGGU